AGCAGACGACGCCGGGACUCAUUUGUUUCCGUGUUGAACGUGGCGGCACAGGUUAAGUUGCCCUGUGUCUCAACAAACAAUAACAGAAAGAUUGUCGAAAAUGAAUGAUUCGUCCCAGUUGUUCGUGGUGGCCUCCCCGAUGAAGUCAAGUGGAAAGAAAAAUGAAUUUCAAGUUGUCAGGGUGUCUGAUGCAUUUUCUUCGCGUGUAGGUGAACCUGUCAGCGAAGCAUGGGGAAAGGUACUUCACUGCGUAACAACAGCUUCUUCUGUUGAAGAUCAAAUGGAUGCAAUAAAGCAGAUAUCUGUGUAUCUCACCAAAUCUGAUGACGAGAUAAUCGACUUCAAUUAUGUGAUACUUGCUGUGGACCUGUACUUAUCAGCACCCCUGAAGCAUCCAGUAAAACAUGCUCUCACCAAGAUGUUUAAUUUUGUGGAUGGUCAUGUCAAAGAAAUGAGUAUCCUUUACCUAAAAGAGGGCAUUAACAGCCGCAUUGAAACAGCAAUGUACAGUCAAGACCUUUCUGACAUAUUAAUUGCAUCAAGUGCAUUGUUAGGCCUCUAUGAAAACUUCCGCUUGGGUCCUGUCGUAAUAGACUCUAUGCUUUGCAACGUUUUGCAAUUUUUGAAUAAAGUCUUAGACCUAUGUUUCACAUAUUUAAGGUCCAAUAAUACCCCCAUGCUUAAGGUCGAAGUGAGCAAAGUUGCACACACGGUGUCAAGAAUAAUCAUAACUGCUAUCCAGAAACCAAAAUCUGAAAUUUUGGACAGUCUUGAAAAUAGAAAACCACUUCUAGAAAAUAUUUUAGAAGUUUCUAAACUGAUACUGAAUUGUUCUCAUGUGCCUUUGGACACUAGAACUAACUUUGGAUUUGUACUUGUUCUGAUUCUUGAUCUACUUCAUGGCCCAAAUGGAUGGAUGCAGUUACUUGAAGGAAAUGAAAGUUUUCCUUUGGAUGAUGAGAUGUCGAGUUUAUGCAUUUGCUCUGGCCUUCUCUCAGGGUUAAAGAACGAACAGUUUGAAAUCAUUCAUCUGACAAAGGCCAAACCAAUCAUCUCAUGUAUUCUGGACUCGGCACUGCAAAUAAAUGAACGGUGUGUGCAUGAGAGCAAUUUAGUGUUAGCCCUUUGGCGGGUUGUGCAGCAACUAACAAGAGUGCUCACGAUGCGUCAGUCACUUGUGAAGUCUUUAGAAUUACCUCAGCUGGAGGAUCUUUUGAAACAUUUAUGGGGCCUUCUUGACCACUAUAUGGACCCUGUGAGACAUUUAGCCAAAUCUAUAUUAGAAAACAUCAUGCAGCUACAGGAUGUUUUUCUAUCAGUUGGUAUUAAUUUGGGUGAUAGAAUGUCUGAGGCAGUUUUACUAAUUCCUGAGACAAAGCGUAGCCGCUAUGUAAUACUUUCAACAAUGACUGUGCAUUUUAGCACUGCUGAUAUCUUAAAUAGGAUACCAAAUGUUAUAAAGAAUUUACUGACAGCUAUGCAGUAUUCAUCUAUGUCAUCUCAUGUUUCUGGUGCAUUUGUGGGAAUGGCAACUGUGGAUUUUAAGAAUUUACCAUACUCUGAGUGGUGCAAUUUGUGGGUGAAGCCUCUUCUGCAAGUAAUGCAGGAAUGCAAUACAUCUGAGGCUCCUGCUCUUGAGGAAUCUCUCUCCAAAAUUAUGAAAUUGUGUCCAAAAAUCAUUAAUGAGGUACUUCCAAGUGCCAACAAAGGUGCAAAUGUUGAACUUUCUGAGAUGAAGCUCCUUCUGACUUGCAUGAAGAUUGGUCGGAAGCUUGGUGCAAUCUCAUCCAAGACCAAGACAGAUGAUAAUUUGUGGCUUGGAACUCUGCCUGUGGGGGUUCUCCAAUCCGCAUUAUGUCAUGAAAAUGAUGAGGUCCGUAUAUCAGCCUUAGGUCUGGUGGUGGAGACCCAUCGCAGUACAGAAAUUCUGUCUCAGACAGAUUUCAUGCUUCUGAGGAAGUUUUUGAAAUAUAACAUCAAUUGUGAAAUUCCAUCAUUCCGUCAACAAACUCUUGCAUUAGUGACCAAGCUUCUGAACAGGCUCAAAGAAAGUGCACAUACUCUUAUCCGACCUACGAAUCAGAAGAGAACUGAAGAGGGUGAUGGUAUGCAAAUUUGGGAGUCUUACAAAACAUUCCUGCUUUGGAUUCUGUCAUUCUGUUUUGACAGCCUCAAAAUUGGCUCAAAUUACAGCCGCAGGUUUUGUUCUUUAAAAGUUUUGUCUUUUAUUGAUGAUAUUUUGAAAGUGGAUCCAUUGUUCACAAAUAAAACAUGUCAGGACCAAAUGUGGACAGAAGAAAAUGCAUUUAUAUUGCUAGGAGUGAUCCUCACUGACUCCUUUGAAGAAAACAAGGCCAUGGCAACUAAAUUUCUUGUCUCCUACCCACUUAGCACUCUGGGGUUUGAUGACAACCAGAAGCUGUUCAGAUUCUUCCAAUGUGGCUGUACCUUAGCAUCAAGCACCCACCCUGCUGACUGCAUUUCUGCAGCCUAUGUGAUGGAGCUGUGUUGCUGUCUUUAUCUGAAAAAUAUCAAAAUAUAUUCCCAAUCAAAUUUUAAUUCAAACGGAAAAUUGCAUUCCCUGGAGCUUCUUGAUGCUGUAGCGUAUCUUCAAGAGCAGCUUAAGAAAGAAUCCGAUGUUGCUGAGCGCAACAUUCUCGAAGCCGCAAGUGGAGGACCAAUGUAUGGGUCUUUGUUUUGCAUUCGCCACCUAUUGCAGCUUGUACCAGAUUUUAGAAAAGUGAAGGACAAACAAUCUUGGCAAAACUUGAUAAAAGGUUUGAUUGAUCUCUGUUUUAAGUUGAACACGAUUGUUUCUCCAGUUGUGAAUAGCUCCUCUCCAGAGGGGCACCUGCCAAUGGACUUCAAUCAAGGUUCUACGUUACUAGGAACAAGUGCUAAUGAUUCAUCCGCACCUGUGAAGGCUACGGCUCAGAUGGUGUUACUUUGCUCAUGGCGGACUGUCAAAGAGGUGUCUCUUUUAUUGGGCAAACUGUCUGACUGUUGUCCAAUACUGCCGGACACUGAUGGUUUAUUGAACGAAGAUCAAAUUCUCGCUAUUGGGGUUCAUCUUACAACUCUUCUGGAAGAAACAAAACAUCGUGGUGCCUUUGAACAAGCUUAUGUUGGUUUUGGUCUUCUAGCAUCUCGACUUUGGAGAAAUUCUCGAAAGAGCUUGCAAGAACUUCCCCAAAAAUGGUUAAGUGAAUUGAUGGAAGCUAUUCAAAGUGAUGAUAUUUCUAUGAAUAAAUUGUGUGCUACAAGAAGAAGUGCUGGUGUUCCCUACCUUGUACAAGCAUUGGUUUCUGCAGAACUUCAAACUGGUUUAAGUCUUCAUACUCUUCAGUGGACCAUGUCUCAGCUUCUAGGGUGUGCUGCAGAUAAAGAAAGGCAUGUAGAAUGUCACACACAUGCUCUCAAUAUCUUGCGGGCGUUAUAUCGACAUGCUCCUCUUGCUGAACAUGUUGCUCCAUACAUUUCUGAAGGCGUGAUUGUGGCAAUAUCAGGCUUCAGGGGGGAGACAUGGGCUGUACGCAACUCUGCUACAUUGUUGUUCAGUAGUCUUAUGACUCGCAUAUUUGGUGUUAGAAGAAGUCGGGAAGAACUGAGCUCUAGAAACAAAAUGACUGGUCGUGUCUUUUUUCAUCGUUAUCCAGAAUUAUAUGAAUUCCUGUUAAAAGAAUUGGAGCAAGCAGUCAAAGCUUUAACCUCAGGAGAUGUUGCAGAAUUGGCAAUAUUGCAUCCGAUUCUUCUCUUGAUUGCAAGACUUUAUCCCUCAUCAUUAGAAGGAACAGAUACCAACAUGCAGUUAAAUACUUUUGUACCACUGGUCCGUCAAUGUGCAAAUAAUUCAGUUAUGAAAACCCGGGUUUUGGCUGCCAAAGCAAUAGUUCCACUAAUUACUGCCAAUGUAUAUGUGAAAUACCUCGAUGACUUGGUUGAUCAAAUGGCAUCUGGCAACUCUGAAAACCUAACACAUGGAUUGGCUUUACAGGCGGUUCACCUUCUUAGCAAUGCAUCAAUCUUAAAUGAAGAUCAUAAUUUGAUUCUGUUAGACCACUUGCAAACCUGGGUUGCAAAAUUACUGCUGCAUCUCAACAGGUGUUGCAGUAAUCCUGUUAGAGAAGUAGUGUUGCAGGUGUUUGAGCUGUUUUUAGAAAAUUGGUACUCUCAUGUGCCAUUACAAUCAUGGGCGGUCCUAAAAGACAAAAUUUUGAAUGAGAUUCUGGCACAGGAUUGUGAUAACUUAUCAAAGCAGUCACCACUAGGUCAAAGCAUUCUUCAGUUGAGGGCAACAAGAGUUUUGUUACGGUUGGUAGUCUUAGCUCAAGAUGAGGAUACUCUAAUGAUAGUUUCAAAACUGUUAAGACAUCUCAAUUAUGAGAUAGUUCAUGAGAUUUUAGUUGUAUUAGAGAAACUCAUGGGCAAGGGAGCUUACGGGCUCAUUGAGGAGACAGAGGAUGUAAUUCCUGAUGUGUCUGGAGGUGACAAACACUGGUUUAAUCGUUUGCCGGAAGAUGCUUUAUUAUCAUUUUAUAACAUAAUUUGUCAGAGUAACCAACUUGGUGCCAUACUAGCAUCACUUGUUACUGGCAGUAAAAGCAUCAACAAUGUGCAAGGCAGACUCGCAUUACGCGUUCUCGUGCACGUGUCUCCCGCUUCAUGGAGUGUUAGUGUAGACCUCAAGAAACUACUAUUGUGGUGCGACUCUCCUCAUGAAGGGACCUCAUGUGCUGCUUUAGCAUGCUUUUCAUCUCUUCUCCGAUUUCUUAUUGAUUCCAAGGAGGACAUACCACUGAUUUGUGAAGAUGGCUGCAGACUUCUAAUCUCUUACUGUGAUGUGGAUAGAGGUGUUAUUAGUCGAUUGAGUGCUGUGAAUUUCCUCUUACUUCAUAGGCAGGCCCUAAAUCGCAAAUAUUCAUUUCUGUCUGAUGAAACAGUAUGCGAGCUCUGGAUAAAUGCUCUUAGACUAAUUUGCGAUGACAACUCUGAAGUAAGGUCGAAAGCGGGCCUUCUUUGUCAAGGGGAGGUACCAGCAGUACCAUUGCGAUCCUUGGAAAUCAUGUUGGAUAACUUUUCAGAUGUAAUGGAUAGUUGUCAGCCCCUUUGUCUUGCCACUUUAAUAGCUAUUGCAUUGGGUCCUCUACCAGACUCCAGCAACUUUGAAGCAGAUGAGGAAAGGAUUUUUGAUAAAGCUGAAACCAACAUGUUCAUUGAACAUGAGAUUUUGACUGGCCUCGCUAGUCAACAUAUUUUACAGCAUGCGUUGAAGACCACAAGACUAUCACAUUUGGAGUGGAAGUGGAUAUGGAAUACCAUUGGUGGACAAGACAGUGAAAAUAUCUUUGAUGCUGAAAGCCUAUUUGAUGCUGUCAGAAAAAAUAAUGUUGUUGGGCUUAAUCUCACGGAGCCCGGCUUGCUUCCUCCUUCAGUGGUUGUGUGUUCCCUUCGCCGUUUAUUCAAAGUUGAGCAAGUUUUACUGAGGGAAACAAAGGUUGAUCCCAGACAUUGCCUACCAUUUAAGUAUUCUCAGAUGUGGGGUUAAACUGCAAUGUGUUGGAGUUGAAGGUUGAUGUAAAGGCACACAAUAAGAAACAUUUGGUUUAAAUUGUUGUUUUCUUAAAAUAUUUUAUUUUAUUAUUUAUACAUGUAGGCGCAUGUUACAGUCUUAAAGAGACCCAGUGUCUCAAACACUGCACUGAUGGAAGACAAACUUUGUGUACAAGUUUACCCUUUCCUUGGCAACCUUACAGGGAAAAACCUGAGGGGAAUGCGCAGGGGCACACAUUUGUAACCCCCUUGUCAUGCAAUCAUGUUUACUACAGUGUUUUAAAUAUGAACCCUACGGACUCUUAUACUAACAAUUUCAUUCAAAAAAUGUGCCAGCGGCAGCAGGUACAGCUUAUUGUUCUGGUUCAUUUUUUUAAUUUUUUUUUGUUUUAUAAAUUAUUUUGUAACAAUGAAUACUGUAGUGGUCAUUUCUCUUUAAGCAGAUUACCAUGUCUGCUGUAUCAUGUGAGCGUUUAUUGUCUCAAAUCUCCACAAAUCAAUAAGCUAUGAAUUCCAUGAAAUAAAAUGGAAAAGGAAAAAUA